CAGCGGGGCGGUUUUCUGGAGCAUGUCUGGGCUUCCUCGCUUCCUCCGCUUUUCGCCCUCAAACUCGGAGCGGAUAUGGCGCAGAGGAAGCGCAGACAAGUGCGUCGGUUUGUCUUCCAGAGCGAACUUUCUGCGGCCCGGUGGAGCCGACCCGGACGGCAGAGGCGAGUCCAGGCGGUACAGCAGCUGCAAACCGGUCCGGAUCGGCUGCGCCUCCGGGUUCUGGGGGGACACGGCCACGUCGGCCCCUCAGCUGAUCUACGGCGGGAAGCUGGACUUCCUGGUGUUCGACUACCUGAGUGAGAUCACCAUGUCCCUGCUCACCGCCGCCAGGACCAAGACACCUAACCUGGGUUACGCUCUGGACUUCGUCCAGGUGGCUCUGGCUCCGUUCAUCAACGACAUCCACAGGAAAGGUAUCCGUGUCGUCAGCAACGCGGGCGGAGUGAACCCGCUGGCCUGCGCUGAGGCCAUACAGGAAGUCAUCAAGAAGGCGGGGCUGGACCUGAAGGUCGCCGUGGUGACCGGUGAUGACCUCAUGCCCAGCAGGAGCCUCCUGUCUGAAGUAAAGAUGGCCGACGGCGGCGGCAGGCGGCCGCUGCCUAAAACGCUGCACAGCAUGAACGCCUACCUGGGGGCCGAGCCGAUCCGCCGCUGCCUGGACCUGGGAGCCGACGUUGUGGUGACGGGGCGCUGCGUGGACAGCGCCGUGGCUCUGGGACCGCUCCUGCACACGUUUGGUUGGAAGAAGGACGAUUACGAUUUGCUUGCAGCAGGAAGCCUUGCAGGUCAUCUGAUUGAGUGUGGAGCUCAGAGCACCGGAGGGAUCUUCACCGACUGGCACCAAGUUCCCGACUGGGACAACAUGGGCUUCCCGGUGGUCGAAUGUUCCUCCGACGGAUCCUUCGUUCUCUCCAAGCCUCCGAAAACCGGCGGCCUGGUCUCCUUCGGAACCGUCGCCGAGCAGCUGGUGUACGAGAUCGCCGACCCGCGGAGAUACCUGCUGCCCGACGUCAUCUGUGAUUUCAGCCAGGUGGCGAUCCAGGAACUGCCCGGUGUAGACGGAGGGGCCGUCAGAGUCACCGGCGCCAGAGGUUUGGCCCCCUCUCCUGACUACAAGGUGUGUGCCACCUACAUGGACGGGUUCAGAGCGACGGCGGUGUGUCCGGUGGGCGGGCCCAGAGCGGCGGAGAAGGCCCGGCGGACCGCGGACAGCAUCAUCAGACGAACCAGGAGGAUGUUUCGGCAGUUGGACCUGGAGGAUUUUCACUCGGUUAAUAUUCAGGUUCUUGGAGCUGAAGACACUUACGGCCCAAACGCUUGCAGAAAAGACUGCAGAGAGGCCGUGAUCUGGAUGGCCGUCCACCACCAGCAGAAGAAAGCGCUGGAGAUCUUCUCCAGGGAGGUGGCUCCCGCAGGAACAGGCAUGGCUCCUGGACUCACCGGCAUCGUGGGCGGACGACCCAGAGUGUCUCCAGUCCUGAAACCGAUUUUCUUCUUGCAUCCCAAAGCCCAGAUAAAGGUGGACAUCCACGUUGCUGGACAACUGGUAGAGUCGCUUGUUGAAGCGGGACCGGACGCACCUGAGCAGCCUCAGGAUGAAGCUCCUCCCACCUCUGGUCAGGAUGAAGCUCCUCCCACAGACCUGCCCAGUGGACCACACAGCUACCGGCUGGAGGACCUGGCAUACACACAGCGGCGACAAAGGAGACUCGGCAAACAUCGGUGUGAUCGCUCGCCAUCCUCUCUACUUCCCUUACCUGAAGAAGCACCUGACUUCUUCUGUGGUGGAGGACUACUUCUCUCACCUGAUGGAGCCCGGCGUGCAGAACGCCGUCACACGAUUCACUCUGCCGGGAUUCAUGGCCUCAACUUUGUCCUGACGAGCUCCCUGGGGGGGGAGGGGUGGCCUCGCUCCGCAGCGACCCCCAGGUUAAACGAGUCCAGACACCUGAAGGUUCACUCAGCACUGAGGAAUGUCAGGGAGCUGCAGAUGAACCAACAACAAGGAAAGGCCUUCGGUCAGAUGCUGCUGGACCUGAAGCUGAAGGGACUGCCAGAUCUAAAGUCCCUGGUGGACUGA